CCCGUGGUGGGCAGAGCACAGAUAGCCCAUCGUUUAGCUUUGUGCUUAAUUACAAACAAACAAAACUUCUUUCGACUUCAUAAAACAAGUCUUUAUAAAAGCAUCUACGAAAGAGUAUUGACUGUGUAAAUUUAUUGCCGAAUUUUCUUAAUGCUCCCUAAUAUUAUAUAUAUGGCGACUUUCAUUAUUAACCAUGUUGUUAGCUUAUUUGGUAGUUUUGUUUCUAGUAUUUUAGUAUCUUUAGGAAUUAUCAAACGUAAGAACGUUGUAGGUAUGAAUAUAUUGAGAGUUAAUGUUCGCUUCAAUGGUCAAAUAUCGGUGCCUUUAGAUAUUAAUCCACAAUGGACAGUUUCAAAAAUGAAAGAAACUCUGAGCUCUAAGCUCAAUGUUUUACCGGAAGACUUGAGCAUAAUCUUCGCUGGUAAAGAAUUAGAUGAUGACAUAUGUGUUGAGAAUUGUGACAUUGGGCAACAGAGCAUCCUUCAUGCUGUUAGAGCAAGGAACAGAGCCCCUUCCUUGACAGUCACCACAAGUAAAAUGGCACUGUUGCACGAAUCCAUUGCCAGCCUUCAACUAUCUGAGGAUGAGCAGAAAACAGUUAACGAAAGAAAUGAUAAAAGAAAAGUGAAUUUCUAUGUUUACUGCAGUGGCCCUUGUAAAGAUGUUUGUCCUGGAAAAUUAAGAGUACGAUGUUCAUGUUGUGGGCAGGGAACUUUAACGGUGAUUAAAGACCCAUGCUGUUGGGAUGAUGUUCUGAUUGCUGGCAGAAUUCCUGGGGUUUGUCAAGCUGAUAAUUGCUCUGGUGACACAGCAGAAUUUUAUUUCAAGUGUUCUAACCAUGAGUCACAAGAAGAUCAAGCUGUGGCCCUGUACUUAAUUAAGAAUAAUUUUAGAGAUGUUCCAUGUUUGGCAUGUACUGAAGUUAGCACAGUCAUUCUAGUCUUCCCUUGUGCUGCUCAACAUGUUAUUUGUUUGGAUUGUUUCCGUGAGUAUUGCAUCAGUCGUCUAAAUGAAAGAAACUUUGUUCAAGAUGAGAAUUUUGGCUACACUCUUCCAUGUGCAGCUGGCUGUACUGACUCCCUGAUCAAAGAAACUCAUCACUUUAAACUUCUGGGAGAAGAACAUUAUGCAAGAUAUCAGCGUUUUGCAGCAGAAGAAUAUUUGCUUCAGGUUGGAGGUGUAUUAUGUCCCUUCCCAGGGUGUGGAGCAGGCAUUCUUCCUGAUCCAGAAUGCCGGCGAAUUGUUUGUAUUCAACAAGGUAGUCAAGGAUGUGGGUUUGUGUUUUGCCGUUUGUGUCUUCAAGGCUAUCAUAUUGGAAGGUGUGAGCCUAUUGAUAACAUAAACACUACACAAGAGUACCCUUACAUUUUGAAUGAUGAAAAUGUGGAACAAGCAAGAUGGGAAGAAGACACUAAAAAAACAAUAAAAAGUACAACAAAACCAUGUCCAAAAUGUCGAACGUCAACUGAAAAAGAUGCAAAUCAGAAAGGUAGGAGGUGCAAAUUACUAACAUUCCCUCUAGUUUGUUUACGUAUCGUUUUGAGUAUCAUGGUAUGGAUAUGAAUUGAAGAAAGAACAGUGUGAAGCAUAUGAAAUAAACGAAACCUACUCUGGAUCAUCAUACGACUUCAAUGGCACGAGUUGUUCAAUCAAAAAGUAACUCAAAUUUAUCCAGGAUACUUUAGAAAAGGACGGCUUUAUCACAGAUUUGUCCAAUUUAACGUGUAUGUGUCCUGCAUUUGGAAAGUAGAUGUAUUUCUCAAUAAAACUUUUUUUUGACAAAUUCUUUCGGUUUUUAUUGUUUCUCAUUUCUUACAAUGAAGCUCUUGUCAUUUGAUCUACAAAAAAAGACAUAUUUGUAUGGUGCUUUCACGUGAAAGAGUUUUGAAACAAAAUUAUGAACAAACCUAUCAUUACUAUACUUAUCGGAUUUGAUCUUAGUUAACAGUUUUCUUUCGGCACAUGUUGGCAAAGAUAAUGCACAUAAUAAAUAUAAUAUUGUCUAUGUACAGACGAAUAAGGUCCUUGUAGUACUUUUCUAUUGUAAGUUCAUGGUGAGUAGCUUAUACUGAUCAAAAUAUUAUCCUUUUUUGUCUUGAUCAAAGUAAACACAGACCUGGUGAAUACGUGGUUGAUCAUUAUGAUCUAAAUUAAUUAUACAAAUCUGUUUUGAUGCUGGCAAACAUACUUCGGAACUUAUCCCGUGUACAUAAAGCUUGUAUCGAAUGAAGUUGUAGUGUUCAUAGUUUGCUAUUAUUAUUUUACAUAGCAGUUAAGAUGUUUCUGUUCUGAUCAAUUUCUAGAACAGACUGAAAUUCUGCAAAGGCAAUAAAUUUCAUGUUGUAUAAUAUCUUGCCAAUUUGUAAAUUUCCCUGUUUCACCAAGUUAAAGUGAGAAUCUCCAGCAGUGUAAGAUCAAAGGCAAUGAAUUUCAUGUUGUAUAAUAUCUAGCCAAUUUGUAAAUUUCCCUGUUUCACCAAGUUAAAGUGAGAAUCUCCAGCAGUGUAAGAUCAAAGGCAAUGAAUUUCAUGUUGUAUAAUAUCUUGCCAAUUUGUAAAUUUCCCUGUUUCACCAAGUUAAAGUGAGAAUCUCCAGCAGUGUAAGAUCAAAGGCAAUGAAUUUCAUGUUGUAUAAUAUCUUGCCAAUUUGUAAGUUUCCCUGUUUCACCAAGUUAAAGUGAGAAUCUCCAGCAGUGUAAGAUCAAAGGCAAAGAGUGUAUAUCCUCCCGAGUAUUCGUCAUAUCCGAUAUCAAUUCCUUGAUCUUGAAAUUGUUUUUCGUGUUCCAGUAAACAAAGUUUCAGAGCUCCAUGCAUACAAAUAACCAUAAAAAUCAGGCGGAGCAGGAAUAUGUUUUCCAUCUACACUUUUUUUCCCCACGAAAUUGAUAUUGUAACAUUUGCAAUUAAAUGUUUUUUGUUUUCCCAAGAUAUAUUAACUGCAUCUUUAUCAACACAUUCUACAAAAAGAAGUGUGGGUAUCUGACCCAGAAAUACAUUAUGAUAGAUACUUCUAAAUUUACCUGUAGAACUGAAAAUGUAUUGCAUAUUAUGUAUUCAAAAUAAUAUUUAGCUUUUCAUUUCUGAAAUGCUUUAGCAUGCCCUGUAUGAUAGAUGAGCUACGAUGAAUAUUAUAACAAAAAAUAAACACGAUCGAUUUUUUCACGUACGUUCCGAUAUUGUAAAGGUCAGUCGCGUGGCACGAGUCGCAAAAUUCAAGUUCAUAGCGUAUCCCAGAAAUACAAGAUAUGUUGCUUUAAGUUUGUUUUAAUAUUUGUAACAACCAUUUUGUGUUAGUACAUAUUUUAAGUUUGUUUUACGCACUUUGCACGUUCGGUUAUAGUUUAUGUUAAGAGUUUAUAAAAGCAUUUCCAUUUUAUCAUGUACAAGAUCA